AUGUUGAACAGAAAUAUUUUCUUCUUGAUUUUCGUGAUAUUAACUUUGUGUUUUAAAAUGAAACAGUGCACUCAUUUGAAGGGGACGUUCAAAAGCAACGAGUUUUUUAAAUUUCUAGUCAAGUUCGGCUUCCAAAAAACUGACAGACAUCAACCAGAUGCCACUCACGGCUAUAUUUUUGGAAAUAUUACCUCUGAACAGAAUUUCUCCGUACCCGUGACGUUCGCAGUAUUACAGAGGUCGUAUUUUCUAGAUUAUUACCAAAAUAGGGUUUUGUAUAACAAAGAAGAGGCGUGCAAGAGGAUGUUUAGUAAAGUCAGCACUCACGCAUACGAACCAAAGUGCGACCCCAAAGGACAGGAUUAUUUGCGACGAAUUCCUUGUCCGAAAGGAAAACUGUGUGUCGACGAGGACAAAGAGUGGAAUGUCGUGAAAGGACACCAGUUUACUUAUGUGAUACAAGAUUUUAAACAGCCUUCUUUUUGGUACGUCUCCAUGGUGGCCUGUUAUAUUAAUCUGACGACGUGUGAGUGGCACCAUUACGAACCAAUGAGAACUUAUACUAUACAUUAUGAUUUGUGGCUUGUGAAUGGCAAUCCUAACAUUUCGUCGUAUAGUACUCUGACUUACCAGUUUUCAUUCGAUCGACAAAAUACUCUGGAACUGUAUCUACUAUUCUGGCUGUGUUACAUGGUUUUGGUCCCGUUGCAGUGUCAUGCCGUAAAGACGCAGAAACACCCCGUAACUAAGCUCUUUACAGCCAGCUUAUUCCUUGACUUUUUGGCUCUCUGUUUGAUUUUAAUCCACACUUUGAAGUUCGCUCUGGAUGGAGAAGGGUACCCCAAAUUGGCCAUGACUGGUGAUAUUUUUGAUAUUCUUUCAAGGACGUCUUUUAUGCUGCUGCUGUUACUACUAGCGAAGGGAUGGGCUGUUACACGUUUGGAAUUAUCCUGGAAACCAUUAGUGUUUGCCAUUUGGUUGUGUUAUGGGAUUGUACAUAUUCUUCUCUAUGUAUGGAAUUUGACCGAAGUGGACAUAAUCGAAGACAUCGACGAGUACCAGACGUGGCCCGGGUGGCUGAUCAUCGUAUUUCGAUCACUAAUCAUGGUCUGGUUCUUGUACGAACUGCGCACAACAAUGUUGUAUGAACACAACACCCAAAAACUAAACUUUUUGCUCCACUUUGGCGCCUCUAGCUUAGUUUGGUUCAUCUAUUUGCCGAUUCUUGCGUUGAUAGCGCUGCACGUAUCCGCUUUGUGGAGAUUUAAAUUACUUUUAGGUAUAACUUACUCAGCCGACUGUUUCGCGUAUUGUGUGAUGGCGCAUUUGUUGUGGCCCACACGAUCCGAGCAGUAUUUCUUGUUGAAAGGACCGUCUUCGGCGGAUAUUGAAGAAUUGGACGAGUUUAACGAAGCUCCUCAUAUAGUGAAUAAUUCGUAUACUUCACUAAGCACGAUGAGUUCUUUAGAAAUAUGCAGGUUUGAAGAUGCACCGAAAAGUAAGAUUGUGAAUGCGUAAUGUGAUGUGAUCUUUUUUAAAAAUAACUAGUGAUUAAAGAGUGUGACGAUUACAUACUUAACUGUCAAUUUUGAUGUAUAUACAUUGUUACAAAUUUGGCGUGGUUGCAAGAUGUUUUGAUUGCAGUUGUUGAACACUAGACACGUUUAUUGGAUGAAGGUGUUGCCAAAGACUCUUAAGUUUAUUACUUAUGAAAUUAGGUUAAAGACGCGACGUGUAAAUAAAUUAAAUUGUUUUUUAUUUUUCAAAUGUAUUACUAUUAUUAUUGCUCAAUUAUUUUUAUUAAUGUGAUGUUACACUGUUUUUUAGUUCAAUAUGUUAACAGAGAUAGUUUUAUGAAUUUAGAGAAUACGUACUUUGUAUAAAAUGCAGGAGGAUCGUUUUGGUUCUUUCCCAUUACCUGUUUCGUUAUAGCGAUGGUGCCAACAGCUUUAUCGUUUCCACUAACUUUUAUGUGAUGAUUGUGUAUAUUUUGCACAUUUGUGGCAUGGCCAAGAGGAACAAACUAUUUUCAUGGAUUUAUUCGUUUUUAAGUUCAUCUAUACUUAGAUUGUCAAUUUUACAAUACAUCGAUGAAUUAUUAAAUUCACUGUAAGAUAUUCUUAUAUCACAAAUAAAUGAUCAUGCAAUA